AUGGCGUCUUCACCGCGACUUAGCCUGGAAAGGUCUAUAGACCAGUUCCGACGCGAGCUUACAGAUGCCCAACUGCAAGAGAUCAGCGGCGCGAAUCGGACAUCUAUCAACCAUGAAAUCCAGAAGAUACAAAACGAACUUGGGCGCGAGAAAAGUCUUUGUAGGAUAGGCAGAAUGAGUAGGUUCCUUGAUGCAAUGGAAGAGGUCGAAAAACUUGUGACAAUAUUCCUCAACGUUAGUGAAGUAGUCGCAUUUAUUUGGGGCCCUGUCAAGCUUGUUCUGAUGUUAGCGACAACAUGGACGAUCAGUGUUAAAAACAUCAUCGAUGCCUAUGAAGAAAUCGCCAUCGCCCUUGACAAUUUGAACGUUUUCCACAACGUCAUCAGACAUAACGAGCAGUUGAAACGUAUGCUGGAAGACUACUUCUCCGAUAUCCUCCGUUUCCAUACUUCAAUACUGGCAGUAUUCUCCAAACCUGACUGGAAAGGAAUGUUUACCUUCGUUUGGAGAGGAUUCCGACGCAACGUCAAACCGAUCAUCGAAAGUCUGAAGAGAAAACAAGCGAUGUUGUCAGACGAUAAACUUCAGCGACAUGCGAUCCUCAAAAACCUUCAGGAUUCAGAUCUAUACGCCAAAGAGCAGUUCGAUCAAAUACAGUCCGGUCUGGAUGAUGUAAUCAGUUUGGAAGAACUGAAAAGACAGAAACAAGAGAUUGAGCAGAUCAAGUCAUGUUUGGAAAGAAAGUUGAAUGUUUCCUUGAUGCAAAUUAUUACCCAACUGGAUCUUCCAGAUACAGUCAUGGAAUCCUCUGGUAGAUGGAUUCUCUCCAACCCACGUUUCCAAUCAUGGGAAGCCAACAAGUCAUCGGAGGGUUGUGUUCUCUAUCUGAAUGGGUGUCCCGGUGCCGGGAAGUCCACUCUCGCAAGAACAAUUAUUCGUCACUUGAAAGACAAUCCAUCUCGCCAAUCCUCGUCUCAGCCUUCGUUGGUUUAUUUCUUUUUCAAGCACAACGAUGCGGAUCGCAAAUCACUAAGAUCAAUGCUCUGCCAUAUCAUCACUCGGAUAAUCAACAAUGAUGAUAUAAUGAUGCGCUUUGCCUAUGACAAAUGCUCUGCCAUGGACUACCUUGAUCUUAAUUCUCUCAAGAGCCUGGCAUCGGAUUGCCUUUUUUCGCAGCGCAAUGUUAUCAUUGUUCUAGAUGGCCUUGACGAGGCGAAGGACAAAGAGCCUGAACAGGUUCUCAAGUGGUGUUUAUAUGAGUUACUCCAAAUGGCCCCGUCACGAGGAUGUCAUGUCAAGCUCUUGGUCUGCGGACAGGAAGACGGAAGGAUUGAAUCCUUGCUUUCUUCCUAUCCACAAAUUCGACUUCAUACAGAAGAUCCGCAUAAAACUGAUAUCCAAGAAUACUGCAAAGUCCAGGCUUCCGUGAUUGGCACUAGAUUCCGUCUUACUACUAAUGACGAAGGAGAGUUGAUCAUCAAAGUCUCAGAGGCAGCGAAAGGAAUGUUUCUCUACGCCAAAGUGGUGUUAUCAAAUUUGGCAUCAAUGGGGUCAAGGAAGGAGUACAAAGCAGAGUUAGGAGGCAACGACUUUCCACGUGAUCUGGAUGAAGCUUAUGAACGUAUUCUCCAACGCGUGCUCCAUGCCGCUGGUCCAUCUGCGCAAGCAAGCGCCAAGAAGAUUCUUGGUUGGUUGGUCUGCUCUCAAAGACCACUUCGAUGGCGGGAGAUACAGUCAAGAUUCUGCAUUGACGUAGAUACUGGCCUUUGCGAUGCAGACGAUGUCCGGGCAGAUAAUUGCAAGCAACUAUGCAGUUCUCUCGUUGAUGCCACAGACUGCGAGCUGUUUCCCGGGGUCGGCUCUGAACAAACUAUUACCAUUAUCCACGAAACAGCAAGCAAAUAUCUCAUAUAUACCAAUACCAUCGACCUUAUGGAAGAGCACAUCGCCAUGUCCCUCUUUUGCUGCCGUUAUCUCAGUUCCAGACCAUUUCUCGGUAUUGGAACCAACCAAGUGCGCGACGCUCUACAGUCAGGCUACUUCAGUUUCGUAGACUAUGCUGCUGCCCAUUACAAAUUACACAUUGACAAAGCCGAACUUCUCAACCGAAAGACAGUGUUUGACUCGGGCUUGAAUAUAGCCACAGCGAAAAAUGCCCUAUCGGAUCUGGAAAAGUCUUAUCAGAGCACGGGCGCAGACGGAACAGCCGAGAUGGACAAGGUUGCAGGGUUUACUGAGGAACCCAGUAAACUCCUAGCGCAAUCCAUACAGGAUAAUGUGUUUGACAUACGAGCGAUGAUACACACCCAGUGGGAUGAUCUCUCACAAAACACAGGUUUCAAAGAACUGGAAGGUGAAAUAAGGCACAAGUGCACCAAACUUCAUUGUCCCAAGUUCUUUGUUGGAUAUCUGAGCGAGGACCUACUCCGACAGCAUCUUACCAGUCACGAACGUCCAUUCAGAUGCAAGGACGAAAGUUGUUUUGCUUAUGUCGUUGGUUACACAUCAGAAGUUGAUUUGCAAAGUCACAAUCAGAACUUCCACAAUGAAGGCUCCCGAGCCAAGGUUUCGUUCCCCAAAACCAGUAGGGCUGGGAAAUAUGACUUGAUCAGCGCCUGCAGAUCUGGAAAUUUGAAACAGGUCGAACUACUUCACCGUUUGGAUGUCGAUAUUUCGGGUGUAUUACUCGAAAAAUUGCCUUUGACGGUUGCGUACAUGGCUGGACAUGGUCACAUAUGCAAGUACCUCGUCGAGAACGGUGUUAACCCCUUCAGGAAAUUCCGUCUACGAAGGAAAGCGCGUCCUAUCGACCUUGCCAUCCACAAGAAAGAUUUUAACAUGCUGGAGAUAUUUCUAUCUCGUUAUCAAGACAUCACGUCAAGUGAGAAUAUGUUUUCUAUUGGAACAUGUAUCGAAGAUAUAUUUAGAUUCUACCCACCUGGGGUUGAAAUUCUGCUACGAUUGUCGACAAGAGAGCAAGUCGAAGAGGGUUCAUUCUUAAUAGAGAACGUCAUGGCUGAAAAACUAGAAUUCUUAUUUGAUAUCUGGAAACACAAGCUGAACGUCUCCCCGGUCGACCUAAGUUUGUCCAAGCACGGGAACGAUGUCACACCGAUACAUACAGCGUUUCGGGAUAUAUUCCCAAAGCUCUACGUUGAGGGCAAGUUCUGUCCUGACCAGAAGAGCCAAGAAUAUCGCAUUUGUCAGCUGACCGUUAAACAAAACCAAAUUUCCCUCCACUCUGCACUUCUCGCCAAGCACUACCCUCUUGCUACGUUUUGGAUGGAUAUUGAUACCGACAACCUGAUGUAUAUCCAAGAUUACAACGACAAUAGUCCUCUUCACAGUUUCAUCAUGGAAUCGUGUGAGAAGGCUUGUGAUACAUGCGUCCUCAUGGCUAAGCGUCUUAUCAAGCUUGACAAGAUAGGACUUGCACAAAAAUCCAACAAAAAGGGCCAGUUACCAGUUCACAUCGCAUUAAUGAGGAAUAUUUCACCAAUAUUGUUGCAGACAAUUGUGGAAUCAUGCAUAGACAGAAAUUACAAGGAUAUUCAGGGCUUCAGUCCGUUGCAUUAUGUGCGAAGCGAGGAGAAUCUUAAACUCCUGUCACAGCAGAAGGGUGUCAAUCUUUUCAGUAGGAAUAAGAAGGGUCAAACUUACUUUGGAACACUUUGCGAUAGCGAUGAGGCCUUUGAUGAGGGCUUUAUGCGAGUUCUUCUGGAUGCAAACAUAGGACUCGCAUGGACAGCUGACCAAUAUUUGCAAGGUUCCACUCCCCUUCAUUAUGCAAUGAGGGCUCGCAGAUGGAGAGAAGGGGAGCAUCCGGAACGGAGGGGUUUUGGACCCUCGAGAGCUGCUAAGUUCCUACUAAACCUUCCGGAGGUCGAACAAGUCCUCCGAGCCUUUUUACCCAGUCCAGCCGAAGACUGUCGACAGGUUAGGAAAUUUGCUGUGGAGGAGAAGUUAGAUCAUGCGUUGGAAGUGAUGGAAAAGAUUGGGUUUGCGUUGCUUCCUGUACGUCUUCGCCGUGUUACAAGUCAGCGAAUUGAAGAUACGACCGUUGGAAGGAUUCUUAUUGUUCAAGACAACGGUAUAUAUAGCCAUAAGCGUUCAACCCUUCUCAUCCAUUCAUUGGAUGCAAUCAAAUCAAGUGGCUUGGGGCUGAAUCAAAUUGCACAAGCUUCAGAUAAGCCAGUGUCCCUAUCACAUCCUGCACCCGCCGUGCCCAUCCCGACCAAGACAUGGCACACUUACUUUUCCUAUGGCAUAGGCCACACAGAGUACGACACCAUCAUAGGGCAACAAAACGCGUGCAUCCGAACACUUCGACAGGAAAGAAAGAUAAAGAGCCAGUGGUUCUUGAAACCGCCCGCCGCUGAAGGCAUGCCACAAUUAGGUGCCAACUUUGAAUCAUCUACAGAAAGUGCAACGUUUCCGUAUCCAGAAGCUUUUAGGAAAGUCAUGUUUCCAACGACUUCUGUCCCGCAACGUGACGAGGAACAUGGAAAUUCGCGUAGUGAUUUAGCUGAUCAUGAGAUCCCAAGACUGCCGGAAGCAGGGAUGAUCAAGAAGAAGAGUUUCGUGUCGACACCCGUUUUCGGCGUGUCACGUACUACAGCAAUUGAGGUUGAGUCACGGAUCCAGCCGACAUAUGUUGUUUUAGGCAUAUUUCCACGCGGCGCUCUGAACCCCAAGGAACGGAUUGUGUUCAUCGACAGACCAGAGCAAUUCUUCUCAAAGCUCAGGUGGGCGACCUUUCGUAUCCGUGGUAUGAGAGGGACAUUGCUGUCUCUGAAGCACCUUGCAGCAUUCAGAUUAUAUAGAUGCGACUUCAACACUGGAGCACAUACCCGCAUCAAUCUAGAUGCUAAUGGAGUUUGUGAUUUGUAUCUCCUAUUGAUUACCUACAAAAGCUGGCAUAUCCCUCGGCACAUCUCUCGAGCAUGGGCAGAUUGGAUCCAUCGCACCCUGAACGACGAGCAACUCGACGUGUUACAAGGUGAAUACGCCCUUGAACUGGUUCUAGACUGGUCAAUAACACGCAUCUUAAUUGUGGUCUUGAUACCUGUUCUUCUGAGUCUGGCUAUCGGGAUCUGGCUAAACGCAAAGGCUUGGACGGAUCUUGCGACGAUACAGACGGCUUGGGGCACUGCUUCAUACAUCGUAACUGCUGGGGCAUUACUCGCAGCAAUGUUGGGAUUCCUGGAUAUCGCGGACAAAUAG